AUGGAAAGGGGACUUUCAUUAAAACAAGAUUUAAAUUUGCUAGUAAAUAAUCCAAAGUAUAGUGACAUAGAAAUUUUUUGUAAGGAUGAAAAAAAAUUAUACGGUUGUAGAGCAAUUUUAGCAGCAAGAUCCGAGGUACUUGAUGGGUUACUUUAUAAUGGGAUGAAGGAAAGUUAUGAAAACAAAAUUUCCUUUCCAACGAUCAAUUCUUCUGGAAUGGAAAUUAUUUUAGAAUAUAUUUAUACCGGAUUAGUUAAAGAAAAUUCUUUAAAUAUUGAUAAUAUAGUUGAUGCUUAUAAUGCUGCAGAUUAUUUUCAAUUAUCAGGUCUUCAAAAAUUAAUUAUUGAAACUCUUAAAACUAUUUUAAGUACUUUAAAAAAGAGUCACACAAAAUGUUAUUCACCAGAAUUAUUAUCUAAAUUUGUAAAAACUUUUCCGUUAACAGAAAAUAAUAAUCUCCUUAAUUUAUUGGUUAAAGAAGUAGCUUCCAUAUCAUUAAAUGAUAUUGAAUUUGGUCGUUUAUCUAUUACAGCUCUUCAAUAUCUUUUAUUCUGUACCUAUGAGAAGGAAAUACCUUUUACAACACCAGAAUAUGAGGUUUUUCGAUAUAGUGUCAUUUUAGCAGCAGAACAAGUUUCCGAAAAAGCAUACAAAACUCUUAUAAAAUGUUUACCUACUUUAGAACAGACAGAAAAUUUUGACCCAGUAGAAAAUAAUUAUAUUACAGAUCAUCAAAAGGUUGCUGAAGAACUGGAGCCUUUAGUCGAAUACAUAGAUUUCAGGCGAAUAAGUAAAGAUCAACUUGAUAUCAUUGAGCCGUUGAAAAUUAUCCCUACUAAAAUUAUUCAAAAUAAUUCAAAAUCGAUUAAUUCAGUUUUAAACAAUAUCAGAGGAAUACCAAUUUAUCGAAUUAAUGGUUCUGAUCUUACUUGGGAUGAAUCAGCAUGUGGAUCAGAACUUAUUAUUGAGGAGAAUGGGAAAGUUGUACGUGCUCCAAAUGAUCUUUAUUUACAUCAAAGUGUAAGAGCUAAAAUAGCAUUAGAAAAUAAAGGUAUUUUUGAAUGGGAUGUUAUUAUUGAGAAUAAUUGUUUAUGGUCUUGGGUUGGAGUAUGUUCAUCAGAAAAUUUUGACUAUGAAAGAUUUGCAGGAACUCAACCUAAUGGUUGGGUAUUAGGUUCUGAAGGUUAUUGUCGUAAUUAUGAUAAAUCGAUAAAAUAUUGUCCUUCAUUUGGAGAUGGAACAAAAAUUACUGUUCAUUUGGAUACAAAUAAAAAAACUUGUGCUUUUACAGUCAAUGGUAUUAGGUAUAAUGAGGUAACAGAAUGGAUUUUACCAUUAAAGCUUUAUCCAGUGGUAUCAUUAUACGCUAAUGCCCGCUAUAGAAUUCAAUCUUAUCGAAAAAAUUAA